AUGAUUCCCGCCCUGAAAUUAGGGAAAUAUUCAUCAAAAGAAAUAGAAGAACGCGCUUACCAAAAACUGGAAAUCCUGGGACUUCGCGAUCAAGCACUCAAACCAGCAAGCAAACUCUCGGGAGGUCAGCAACAGCGGGUGGCGAUAGCCCGGGCUCUCAUCAAUGAUCCACAUAUCAUCAUGUGUGAUGAACCUACGGGCAAUCUGGAUAGCAAAAACUCAGCCAUAGUUUUUGACACUUUUAAGGACUUGACAAGAAGCUUUGGCCAAACGAUCAUAGCUGUGACACAUGAUGAAGAAUUCGCCAGAAAUAGUGACAGGGUUAUUGAGAUGCGGGAUGGGGAGAUCUUGUGA